AUGGGGAAAGUGACCAAUGCAAGGUUGGACAGUAAGGUGAUAGAUAACAAUGGAAUGGGUCAGCUUUUUAAUUAUUUUAUUAAAAAGACUCUUUCUGAACUGUCGCUCAUCCUACUCCUAUAUAUUGUGGAGCUGGAUAGUCUUGACAGCUCAAACCAGUGGCAGAGGAUGGAUCGGACUCGCUUGAAUCGUCUCAGAGUUGCGUCGGCCUUUCGGACCAGCGAUCGUUGUGUCAUCAUGGGAAGAUGCGUUAAAGUUGUUGGGUGGUUCUGCGUUCACGGCAGCAGCGGCAGCGGCACUGAUAUUCGGCGUAGAAAAAGAAAGACCAAAAUUGUGAUACCAGAAGAGCAUGAAGAAGAUGAGGAAGAGGAAGAAGAACAGGAAGAAGAACAGGAAGUGGAAUAUGAAGAAGAACAGGAAGAGGAAUAUGAAAAAGAAGAGGAAGAUGAAGAGGAGAAUGAAGACGAAGCUUGGAUCGAACACGGGGAUGAGGAUGAGGAUGAGGAUGCCGAUGAGGACGGGGCUGCAGCUAAGGGUAAUUCGGAUGCUGAACAACACUCCAAAGACAAAAAAGGCAAAGUUCAUUUUGCGGCCUUCAAUUGA